CUGUAGUAACCCAGUAUAGCGGUGUCAUCCGGUAAAGUAGGACGCACGCUAGACGCUCUCGGGACCUGUGUACAAAACGUCUCGGUCCUGGUGUCGUAGGAGUGUCAACAAGUUGUUAGUGUCUCGAAGAGGAGUCGCGUGUUACAGCAACCGUGAAUCCUCCAGACUGACCUGCCGGAUCGGCGCCGUGUGUCUGGCUCUCCAAGCGCAGCAAUGCAUCUCGCUCUGUGGUGGUUGUGCGCAGCGUGUGUGUGCGCCGUGACUGCAACCACCACGCCUCCCCUUCAGCUCCCUGCGCCGAACCCCGCCAACUUGACCCUCCGCAAGUGCUUCUGCGGGGCAGGGCAGGCGUGGGACGGCGAACAUUGCGUAGACGCGGAGGAGACCUUUGUGGCCGUGAUGAACCAGAACGAGAGAAUAUUCGUGAUCGACAGCCGCGACUUCGGCCAGGUGAUCACGGGGGAGAUCACGUGCCCAGACCUGCGGGAGCCGGCGGUGUUGCGGAUCGAGGACUACGUCUUCAUGACCACGAACGACAGGGCUUACUGGCGGAACCAAAGGGAGCUGUUUCAAGAAUUCUGCAUUGAGCACACACCCAAACUGGAGUUCAGAGUAUGCCUUCAUCCGCCGACCAUUCCUCGCUGCUGCCUGCCGGGACACGUGCUCGAAAAGGAUGGCUCCUGCACGCCGCGCGAUGCGAUAGAGUUCAAGCCUCCUGUGAACCUGCGGUUCACGGGCCAGCCGCUGCAUUUCCCCGACAUGAACGCCGCUGAAGCUGUCGAGGAGGUGACCUGCCAGGGCCUCGCUGUGCCUCACCGCGCAGACCUCUCUGGCAGUAGCGACAUCCUGCUGUACAACGUCAACAAGGCACCGCUGGUGUGGCUUCCGCCCUCGGAGUACGCCCGGACGCCUGAGGUGACCACGUCAUAUUGCGUCGGCGUAGAGGCCGGGAGCUCCGUUAGCGAAGAGAAGUAUGUGGCUGUUGUGUGCUACACGGACCUGGCGAAGGUCCACCGCCACAUCUGUGCCAACGGAACCUGCGUCAGGAAAUGCUGUGCUGCCGACGAGAUCUUCACUCCUACAGCCUGUCUCAAAGCAGCGUCUCCCAAGGAAAUAUGGCAACCGAGUUUACACUUCAAUAAAAGCAUGACUCCUGAGGAAGAGAUCAGCGACGACCUGAUCGUGGUGAGCGGCCUGCCGUUAUGCAAGCACUUCUUCGACCUCAGGCCGGAGAAGGACGAAAACGACAAGCACUUCCUGCUGGGGAACGGCAGCCUCCACCUGCCCGCGCAGGGAACAUACCACGCCGACAAGUACUGCCUCGACCUGCAACUGACCAGCACUGGGCAGGAGCUGAUCACCAUACUGUGUGCGCCGACUCUGGAAAACGAGUGCGAGUGGAAGGACGUCCUCAUCCUGGUGCUUCUCUGCAUCUCCUGCGUGUUCCUCUUCGCCACCUUGGUCGUGUACAUCAGCGUCGCUGAGCUGAGGGACAGAACCAACGGCCGCUGCCUCAUCUCCAUGGUGGCCGCCAUGCUUGCCGCUUACGUCAGCAUCGUGGUCAAUCGAGAGUCACGUGACGCUUCUGACGGCGAGUGCCUCACCAUGGGAUUCAUUGGCCAUGUCUGCUCCCUGGCCACUUUCUUCUGGCUAAAUGUCAUGUGUUUUGACAUGUGGUCCACUUUAAGGUCAUCGAGGCAGAAGUACCAGAGUCUGAAGGUCUUCGUGUUCUACAGCGUCUACGCCUGGGGCUGUCCUCUGCUCGUCGGCUUCGUGGGCCUCACUCUAGACCUCGUGGAGCCGGCCAACGUCAUCAGGCCGGAUUUCAUUCACAAGUCCUGCUGGUUUCAAGGUGAAGCCGAGUUCUGGACCUACUUAUCCGGGUUCAUAUUGGUGCUGGUUGUAAAUCUGUUCUUCUUCAUCCACGUGGCCAUCACUCUGGCCAGGAAGCUGAGGCAGCGACACACUCUCUUUGACAGCAAUGACAGUCGGGCCAGUAAUGCCAACAAGAAAAACAAAGAACAAGUAUGGCUGUUCGUGCGCCUCUUCAUCGUGAUGGGCGUGGUGUGGGUGACCGAGAUAUUAUCUACAUUGCACAGAGGAUCUUGUAGUUAUUGGGUUCUUACGGAUAUAUUGAACAGUCUUCAGGGUGUGUUUAUUUUCGCCGUGGCUGUUUGCAACAAGGACAAUAUUAAAAAGAUUAAGCAUUCCUGGAAAACUCGCUACACAACAGUACGGAGCAAAGUGGGCACCCUCAGGAGCACUCCAUCAUCCGAGAAGACAGCCCAGGCUAAGCGCUUUACGGACCUCAGUGUAGCAGCUUCUGAAGCCUCCAGGAAAACCUCGGUGACUUCUCUCCCACGCAAGCUUUCCACGGCUUCUAAUGCUGCCCUUCCAGCUUUAAAUGCCAAUAAUAAGGGUAAUAGAUUGACUGAUCAAAGCUUGUCUUCAGAGGCAGCCUCCGCACCCCGGAAAAUAUCGACUGUUUCGAACCUUGAAAUGAUACCUAUGAGCUCCAUGGAAGAAUAGUAUCCAGUCUACUUCAGUCUUUCUUUUGUACAUAUUUCUUUCUGGUUAUUAUUUUUAAGUAUGGGAGAAUUGCGAAAAGUCGUACUAAUUUUAUUCCUCAGAUAAAAAGUCGCAGUGCAGAAGUAAAGGAAGGGAAUGUUUAUUUAAUGAACAGUGUUGUUGUUUUUUUAGGAUAUCAGAUAUUCUCGUUAAAGGCUGAUGGAAUAGGAAGUAAUGUAUUAUGAUAAUAGUCGCAUGAUAUUCCUGUGCGUUUGAGUGGAUCUACGGAGAGACAGACGAAGUGAUUUACAUUGACUCGAGUGGUAAUGACUUGGAAUGGAUGUCGCACUGUAAGAAACACCAGAACUUCAUUCAAUCAAUAUAACAGGUGUUUGAGUGAUAAAUACUAUCUGUGAGUGUCCUAUUUUUUACAAAUUGUACCCGGUAAGUGAAAACUAUUUUCGUUGUAUUUUCCUAUCCAAUGUAUUUUUAUUAACAUGCAGAAAUGAUUAUAUAUUUCAUUUACUGUGUCUGAUAUCUAGUAACAAUGUUGCUGUGAAAAUCCUGCCGUUACAAGAAAAUACUUGAAUUUCAUGUGUAACCGUGGGAUUAUAUAUACAAUGUAUUUUUGUACAGUUGAUCAGAAAUUCGAUCUUGACAUUUAUAUCUGAACAUCUCACAAAGGGUGUGAUAAUUUUUGCAUUACACUUUAAUUAUUCAUCCUAUAUGUGUAUAUAUACUUUUUUGAAGUUUAGUUGUAUGUUAUAAACAG